UUUGUAAAUUGGCGACUUUGCCUUUAGCAAUUUACUAUUUGAAAAGUUUUAAAUAUGUUGAUUUGAAAUUCGGUACCCAGUUUCUAUGAUUCUUCCCCUUCAAAAUGAAAGUUUGGACGAUCUGAUUGAUCCCAUAAAUACAAUGUUAAAAAUAAUUUGAAAAUUACAAUACAAAAGGAAUUGAAUUUUCAUAAAUAGAUGUUUGAAUUGUAUUUUCAAUAAAAAAAAGCUUUAAAUUUAAUAUUCGUAAUUUAAUAGUCAAGCUGGUAUUUAAAACUAAGAAAAAAAAUAUGAAUUUUAAUAAUUCCAUCUGAAAUUUCAUAAUACUUGAAAAUAUUUGAAAAUUCAAAUGCUUUUAUAUGAAAUUUCUGCGUGUGACGUGCUGUGCAUUCAGUAAUCAAGGAUUGUGUAGUGAAAUAUAUAAUAUAUAUAGAUUUUUGUUUACGCGAUCACAGCAAAAAAAAUAGAUUUUUUUGCCCUCCGGCCAGAAAGUGGCAGCUUUCAGGCCGCUGCCCUGAACGAAGUUGCAGCUUUCCAGCUUCGGCGAGCAGAAAAAUAGUAUAUUACAUACCUAGUCGCACAGGGUUUUUUCUGGUUUAUACAUUGUUUCGAACAACUCCACAAAAUUUCAAACGCAUGAGCGAUUGGGUCUGCACUUUUGGAUUUAGCAAUUUUUAAACUUUUUAAUAUUUCUUAUGUUCAAAAAAAGAAUUUUCUACUGACUAUCUAUGAUGGAGGCUUCACGAAUAGAUGAACAAGUUGUUCAAGACGCUUUAAAUGAAACAGGUUUUGGAAAAUUUAGCUAUAAAGUAUUGAUUAUUGUUACUUUAAUAUCAAUAAAUACUGGUAUCAGUUUUGAAAAUGUCAGUUUCGUAAUGCCAGCAGCUGUUUGUGAUUUUAAAAUGUCAACAAUUGCACAGGAUCGCAUAGCAAUCAGUUCAUUGUUUGGACUGGCACUGGGCCCAUAUUUUUGGGCUUGUAUGGCUGAAACUAAAGGUCGGAAAGUAAGUUUAAUCAUCGGUUUACUUUUGGAUGGUUGCUCAAAUGCUCUAGCUUCUGUAAUAUCUAAUUACUAUGGCUUUGUAAUUUGUAAAUUUUUCAAUGGAGUCGGUAUAGGUUCACAAUUUACAGUACUAUUCACUUAUAUUGGAGAAUUUCAGCCCGAUAACUAUAGAGACAAAGUGCUCUCCUGGCUAGAAUUGCCAUUUAUUUUGGGCGCAAUUUUAAAUGCAGGGAUUGGUUGGAUUAUCAUUCCUUUGAAGUUUAGUUACAUAAGUGAAACAACUUUUUUUUUUUUCAACCCUUGGAAUUUAUAUAUUUUAAUAUGUGCAAUAGUGGCACUUAUCGCCGCAUUUUGUUUGACUUUUCUACCAGAAACUCCUAAAUAUCUUGCUGAAACUGGGCAGUAUACCAAAUUAAUGGGUGUUCUUUGUCAAAUGUAUCACGAAAAUACAGGACAGUCAGAUAUAAAUUACAUAGAACGAUUAGAACAGUUGCAUAAUCCAGGCAUAAAUGAUUUGUUGUCAAAAGUAAAAUUAACAAAUGUUCCAUGCGAGUAUAAACCGACUUUUAUCAAGAAAUUCGUUAAAUUUAUCAAGCAAGUUAAGGAAAUUAUGAAGCCACCUUAUUUGAAUAGAACCUUAAUUAUUUGUGUAUCAAUGUACGGUACUUCGUAUUCACUUUUUGUUACCAUGUUAUGGAUUCCCGAAAUUUUCGAAAGGUUUGCAAUAUUUGAAGAAAAGUAUCCUAAUAUGACUGCAAGUGUUUGUCUUGUUUCGGAAAAACUUAAUUCCGAAGAUGCUAUACUAAAGAAUACUAUUAAUUUUGAUGACUGUCCAUCUAAAUUGGACUAUACAGUGUAUUCACAAACGAUAAUUGUAUGUUUGGCAGCGAUACCAGCCGGAGUAUGGUUACCGCUUUUUAUCGACAAACUCGGAUAUAAAUUCCAUUUCAUUCUAGCAACCUCAGUUACAUCUUUACUUUACAUAGGACUGUUGUUGGUCAAAAGUUCAUCCCAAAAUUUUAUCGUCUCAUGUGUUAUCGACGGACUUUCAUUUGGAGCAAAUGUUAUAUACUAUAUGUUAGUUAAUUUAUAUCCUACGCAUUUAAGAGUUAUUGCUUCAAAUCUCGUUGCUUUUGUUGGAUACAUUGGAGGUACGGUCAGCAUUAUUGUAGUCGGUUAUUUAGUUGAUGAUCACUGUCUGACACUGAUAGUAAUCAUAAGCGCUCAUGUUGGAGUUGCAGCUAUUUUCGGAUUUUUUAUUCCGACUAGUCAACCAACGUAGAAUUUUAUAAACAAAAUAUUUGAAGAGAUUUUAGUUCAAUCAAAUAAAAAUAAAUAUAUAUGUAAUAAAUAAGUAUAAGAUAUAUCAAAAAACAUCGAGCAG